AGUUGUUUUAUUUCUUCGGCUAUUACGGUGGAUAAUACCAUACUGAUUUGCUAACGCACACACCAUUUUUCAUUAACCUAUUUGAGCUGAUGAAAACUUUUGAACUGUAUGAAUUUUCCUCGAAGACAUCUUAAGAAGCAUAAUCAUUCAUGGAAAAUGUAAAUUUAGUCAAAUAUCUUCCAAAACCCUGCUAUGUUAACGUUUUACAUACCUAUAAAAUAAAGCCACAGUGUUCCCUAUUUCGCCACAUGCGAAGUGGUGCAAAGCGAGCACAAAAAAAAACAUCAGAAGGUAGCCGCAUCGAAUAUAAACAGUCGAUAUUUUCAUUGCGUGUCACAAUCUGAGUGUUGUUUUUAUUAAUUCUGCUGGUUUGAUCGUACAAUCUGCUCAAGGAUGGGCAAAAUCACGAAGAGACGGGCAAGUAUCAGUGCAAAAAAGCAUACGGAUGAGGCGAUUCAAAAAUGCAUCCAGUACGUGAGAUCCGGAAAGAAAUCCAUGUAUGCAGCCUGCAAAAUGCUGAAGCUUCCCAUGUCCACCGUGCGGUAUCGGAUGAGUGACCGAUGGAAACAGAAGAACGUUUCUGGACCUCGAUCCGUACUUACCCAGGAGGAGGAACAGAAGAUGGUGAUAUGGCUAAUUGGAAUGCAGGAGCGCGGAUUUCCGGUUACGCGAAGCACACUGAGAUUCAAGGUUGCCGAGUUCCUAUCAUCCGAUCCUCGGGAGACACCUUUCAAAAACAAUCGCCCUGGACGCAAGUGGUUUGCUGCAUUUAUGCGCCGUAAUCCAGGGUUUUCGCUGCGGGCACCAGAAACUGUAUCUUCGGCAAGUGCCCGAGUUAGCGAAGAAGACAUCCGAGGUUGGUUUCAGCACAUUAAGGAAUGGCUGGCGAAAAACGAUAUGCUCCACAUUUUGGAUUGCCCCGAUCGUGUGUUCAAUGGAGACGAGACAUCCUUCUAUCUACACCCAAAGACGAAAGAGGUGAUUGCAAGAACCGGAUCCAGGAACGUCUACGAGGUUGAGCAGGCAGUGGCAAAGCAAAAUGUAACGGUUAUGUUUGCUUUCGGUGCGUCCGGGACUGUUGUUCAUCCCCACGUCAUAUUGUCAGGUAAAGGGUGAUACGGUCAAAAUUUGGUCACACAAUUUUUUUCGUAACUUUAGACUGCGUACACCAAAACAGCUAAUUUUUGGACCAGUAAUGCUACAUUAUAUGUAGCUUAUACCAUAAAAUUUUCAUCAAAAUUGAUUAAGUAUUGGUUGAUAUAUAGAUGAAACCAUCGACCUACCUUUUUAAAAUUUUGUACAAAGGCGCUCCAUAGUAAAUUUUCGGAAAUUUAAGGUCAGUAAAGCACAAUUUUGAUUAUAGAACAACCAAUACUGCUCCGAUUUUUAUCAAAAUUUUACAGUAUAAUACUAUUAUGAAAAUACGUUCGCAGUAAAAUUUUGAGCUAUUUUGUAUGAAUACUUUCAAAGUUGUAGCAGUUUGAAUAUGAAAAAUACUGACCGGGUGCCACUUAAGCAAUUAUAACUUUGUAACGGCUCGAUCAAACUGAAUGAAAUUUUUACACAACAUUUUGAUAUGCAUACUUCACAUACAGAAAAAUUUUCAUUGAAAUCGGUUAAGUAUUUCUGGCUCUAUAAAUAAAACAGUAAAAAUGUGUUCUUAUUUGUGAAAACAAAAAUUAAAAUUGCAGAUCUCAGGGUUCAACAAUAUCUCCGCAAAUACUGGACCGAUUUUGAUGAAAAUUUUAUGGUACAAGCUACAUAUAAUGGACCAUUACUGAUCCAAAAAUCAGCUGUUUUGGUGUACGCAGUCUAAAGUUAUGAAAAAAAUGUGUGACCAAAAUUUGGCUUGACUUGACAAAAUUUGACAAAAUUUGACCACCUAAACAAAUAUAACUUUGUAAUGGCUGAAUCAAAUUGAAUGAAAUUUUUACACAACAUUUUGAUAUGUAUACUUUACAUACAGAAAAAUUUUCAUUGAAUUUGGUUCAGUAUUUCUGACUCUAUAAAUAAAAGAGAGAAAAAUGUGUUCUUAUUUUUUAAUCCUCCUUGUACAACAUUUUAAAAUUUCAGUUUUCAGGAUUCACAAUAUCUCCGCACAUACUAAACCGAUUUUGAUGAAAAUUUUAUGGUAUAAGCUACAUAUAAUGUACCAUUACUGGUCCAAAAAUCAGCAGUUUUGGUGUACGCAGUAUCAAGUUAUGAAACCAAUUGUGUGACCAAAUUUUGACCGUAUCACCCUUUAAACGGCUUCGGAAAGAGGUGGUAGCAGGAUUUCCGGGCGCCUGGGGAGUAGGACUGAGUGAAAAAGGUUGGAUGGAUUUGGACAAUUUCCGUAAUUACGUCGAGAAGGUCUUCUAUCCGUAUCUGGUUGAAAAAAAUGUGGAGCUCCCAGUCAUUUUUUUCGUCGACGGUCACUCAUCUCAUAAAUCCGUGGAAGUAGCAGACCUUUGUCAAUCCUUGGGAAUAAUACUUAUUUCCCUUUAUCCAAACACUACUCACAUAACUCAACCCGCUGACGUUUCGGUGUUCAAGCCUCUUAAGGACGAAUAUAGACGACAAGCCGAAUACUGGCGUUUGGCACAUCCUGAUGAAAUUCUCACAGUAACACAUUUCGGUGAAGUGCUGACUAAAACAGUUGCGCAGGGUAUCAAAGCCAGCAGCAUUCGAAAUGGAUUUCGAGUUUGCGGACUAUUCCCAUUCAAUCCGGAUAAUGUCGAUUACAGCAAGUGUAUCGCGCGGAAGUGCAACAAUUCCCGAGAUUCCAGAGAUCAAUCGAUAAACGAUGCUCCUCAGGCACCGACUGAAAUCGAGCCUGUGCAACUAUCACAACCGGAAUUGCUCAUGACUACUGUUGUAGAUCCCUCAAUGAUUAGUCCACUUGACUCUUCAUCUGUGUCUCUUCAAACAGAAGAGCAGCAUGUGUCUAUACACAUCAAUAAAAUCAUUCAAGCAGUAGAUAUGAUUGGUCCUCAGACGAUGACAAAGAUACAAGGUGAUGUUGGCCUCCUCUCACGAGAGGAACGGACCAUCCGAUUCUUUUAUCAAGAAUUUGUACAACCAUAUGUGAGCAUCUCAAAUUGCGACAGGUUGGGUGGUGAAGAUGUUAACACACUCAACACAACAUCGAACACACUGACGCCGUCUACGGUUGGAGAAUUAGCAGUGUUGGAUGAUGAAAUCCUCAUGUGCGCAAUUGCGGAAACAAGCAACAAUGAUGGGAAAGAACCGGUUUUGGACACAAUUGAGAAUCUACGCCACGAAAAUACUCCUAUUGUCAUUGAGGUACCAGGUGAUACAUCGAAUCAGUCUUUCGACAUACCGUGGGAUACAGAGAAUGUUAUUUAUUGUCAACUCAACAAUGCAUCUGCUGAUUCCAGUCCAGCGAAUACUAAAGGUAUGGUAUUUUUUUUUAAUUUAUAUUAUCUAUAUAAAACUCCUAUUCAUUCACAGAUGCAAACAGCGCUUUGGGCGAAGAUCAAACCAUGUGUCUCGUUGAUUUCGAAGAUGAACAACAUCGUAAAAGUAAUGAGAA